AAGUUGCCAACUUCCAUUUCCAGAACGGGUUGUGUCAAGCAACAUAAAACGGUCUCUUAGAGAAAAGUAGUUUUGGGUAUUACACCGCACGUCCCUUUUUCUGGAUGUGCUGUACCUUAACUUGGUCAAACACUAUAAUUUCCAACUCAGCUUUUCGCUGUCCAAAGUUCCACGUCUUUCCCUGAAAUGAUGAGAUCUGAAGUUUGGAUGGCGGUCACAAUAUUGGUAGUGGCAUGGAGCUUCAAUGGGGCAUUUGGGAUUAGAUUCGUAAUUGAGAAAGAAGAAUGCUUUUCACAUAAGGUUGAAAUGGGGGAGACGGUUCAUUAUUCCUUUGUUGUCAUUAAGUCCGAUGGCUCUUGGCAUUACAGUGAAGAAGAGGGUGUUGAUCUUGUGGUGAAGGGGCCUUCUGGAGAACAGAUUCAUGAUCUUCGUGACAAAAUAAGCGAGAAGUCCGAGUUUGUAGCUCAUCAUGAAGGAAUUUACCGUUUCUGUUUCACUAACAAGUCGCCCUAUCAUGAAACCGUUGACUUUGAUCUACAUGCUGCUCACUUUGUAUACCAUGAUGAGCAUGCAAAAGAUGAGCAUUUCAAGCCUUUGUUUGUGCACAUCGGAAAGCUAGAAGAAGCUUUAUAUAACAUUCAGUUUGAGCAGCACUGGCUAGAGGCCCAGACAGACCGUCAGGCAAUAGUGAAUGAAGGAAUGAGCAAAAGAGCCGUCUACAAAGCUCUGUUCGAGUCUUCAGCUCUUAUUUGUGUUAGUUUUCUCCAAGUAUUCCUCCUCAAGAAUUUGUUUGAAAGAAAGCUGGGGCAGUCCAGAGUUUAGCUUUUGGCACAGGAAUGAUGAUAUGCUUCUGCCAAACCUUGUAAACUUUAGAAGUAUUAACUUUUUGUGCCUUUUUCUGAAGGCAGAUCCCACAGAAACUAGAAUCACAGAUGUUUUAUUCAUAAAUUAUGUUAUUUCAGUACAUUCUUUCAGGAUUUAGUGAGGUUUUCCUAAUCUCUUUGCUUGCAAUUCCUUUAAAGGCCAUGACAUGGUCGAUUGCUGAAUUUGAUAAAUCAAAUUUUGUAAUCAGCAAUCAUAUAUUUGCAGUGGCAAUUUCCCAUCAAGUAAAUAGAAUGUUGUUUCAAAUUCU